AUAUCUAGAUCGGUUUGGAUGGCAGUCAGUAUUUUCAUUAUCGGCCGUCAGUGCAAUUCACGGUCAAUCCGUCACUCAUUAAGCUCAGAGCACGCGGGUUGUUAACCAGUGUUGGGGUUUUUCGAGUUACAGGCCUAUAAGGGAUUAGCUAUGGAUUCCAUUAGAUGUCUGCUGGCGACAUGGCUGUUAUGCCAAUGCGUCUCGGCGGGUUCAUGGAGCCACCUGCCAGCCAUCCCCACGGAACCGGGCCGCCGCGCCCAGUACUCACUGCUGCUGCGACAUGGCGGCUACAAGUACGGCGUGGACACGGGCGCAGGCGCCUGGGCGCGGCAGACGGGAGAUGCGGCCAACCGCGUCACGGGCGCAUACCAGUGGCGUGCGCCCGACGGAUCCACGCACGGACUCCAGUACACGGCUGACGAGAAUGGAUUCGUGCCUCAGCCGUUGCCUCCAUCUAACGCCCCCUCAGUGGACACUUCAUCGUCAACUGGCACUCUCAACACAGUUGACACCAGCAAGUCAACAAUUGUCCAGAGUUCAGUUGGCACUUCGUCAACAGGCACAUCAGGCAUCUCAGUUGACACCAGCUCGUCAGCUUUUGCCACAAAAGGCGGCAGCCGAGUGACCGCUGAGAGCUUUACCCACAACCAUCAGACCAGUGACGCCCACUCCAAUGUGAAUGUGAUCGGCUCCCAUCAAUUGCACAAUGUGCAUUAUUCGACUGGCGCCGGCACUGGGUAUUAUGGCGCUCACAUUCCUGCACAGCCUGUAUAUCACCAACCCAUUGUUCCUGUACUGGUUCACACGCACCGAUUGGUUCCUGUAGUGCCUGUAUUUCCCGUUUCUGGACAUCCUCCGGUAGUGACACCUUCAUAUGGAGGCGACGACCAUUCAUCAGGAGAAGAGAAUGGAGACCCAACAUACAUGUUCAGCUACAACACAGACACCCACAGUCGCGAUGAGAGCUCCGACGCCCAGGGAAAUGUCAAAGGUGUGUUUUCCUUUGUAGAUGCCAACGGCGUCAGGCAAACAGUCGAGUAUGAAGCUACCAACGAGUCCGGAUUUGUGGUGAAGAAAGUGACAUCUGACACAGCCACAACAUCAACUGGUAACGACGACACGCAGCAGACUCUGAUUCCUGUGGUUCCAGUUCAACCACCAAGACAGGAACCGAUUCCACCACAGGAGCCCAUUCCACCUCAAGAACCAAACCAGGAGCAUUUGCCAGUGAAUGGUCUGGAUGAAGCCGAUGACAACUCAGAUGCAUCGUACUCCUUCAGUUACAACGCUGGAGAUCACUCACGAGAAGAGACAUCUGAUUCCAAAGGAAGCAUCACAGGCAGCUACACUUUUGUAUCCAAGGAUGAUGGUGCUACAAGAAGGGUAGAUUACACAGCAGGAGCAAACCAAGGUUUCAUUGCUAAGGGUAGUCAUCUUCCAGUUGCCAAUAAUGACAUCACAAUUUCCAAUUCCUUAUGGCAAGGUGUAGCACAACCACAGCCUCUACCUGUCCCACUACCUCUGCAGAAUCAAGGCAAGGCUCAAAUCAGGCCUGAUGGAUCCUAUACGUUCAGCUAUGCAACAAAUGACCAUUCCAGAAGUGAAACAUCUGAUGCAAGUGGAAACGUUCAAGGCUUCUAUACUGUGGGCUCAGCCAAUGUUGGAAACGUGAGGAGAAUCGACUAUACAGCAGGAGCUGCUACAGGAUUUGUGGCAAUUGGGGAUGGGGUACCACCUAAUGUACCAGUUCCAGCUCCAAAUGCAGUACCAGUACCAGUGCAACCCUUACCACAAUUCCUAAAAACAACAAGUGAAGGUUCCAGUUCUGAAACUCAUGGAGCACUGGACGGUUCCUACGCUUUUGGGUUCCAGGCUGUUGAUCACUCCAGAGAAGAAGCAGCUGAUUCACAGAACACCGUGAAAGGCAGCUACACAUUCAUCACCAAGGAUGACAACAUCAAUCGCAGAGUCGAUUACAUUGCUGGUGCCAAAACCGGUUUCAUUGCCAAACUGUCACAACUCAAUGGUCAACCUCUGCCCAAGGUAUCCUCUGAAACAAACAUUGAAAAUUCCCGACUACCACCUAGCAUCCUAUCACAGACUAACAGUGAAAGUUCUAAUGAACCAGCUGUGAUCACGUCACAACUGAGUGAUGAGAGUUCGGGACAACCGGAUGACAUCAAGAUACCUGCACAAGUCACAUCAGACCUGGACACAUCAUCUCAGUUCGGUACAACUACUCCCAAACCUCUUCCCAUUAUCAAAAGUGCAGUGCACACAAGCCAUGUUGGAACGCCAGUUCAACCCAAUCUUGUCCUCUACACAUACCUGCCUCCCAACAGCGAAAAGUUUGGUUACAUUUUGGACACAAUCCACUGAUCAAAUCAUACAAAUGGUGCAAUUACUUUUAGAAGUUGAAUGAGCUUUUAAAUAGUUAAUGUAAGAAAACAUGUUACUUAUAAGUGUAAGAGAAUAGGUUUAUUGAACUAUUUAGAAUAUAUCUAAGAUCAAUGAGCAAUUUUCUAUCUUCAAUUGAUUUUUAAAAGUAUACAAUUAUUUAUUACAUUUAGUGAUAGUUAUUUUGAUGCAUUAGUGAAAAUCAGUGAUAAAAUGAAUGAAAACAUUGAAUUUUUUAGAAAGAAAAAUAAAUGAACGCAGAUGUGCCUCCAUUUAGACUGUGAAAUUAUUACAAUAUUGGAUAUUCUAGGAGAUUUGGUGUAGCCCACUUAAAAGAGUAAUUUUUUAUUAGAUUUAGAACUAAGUGCUUUCAGUAUUUUUUUCAUGAAAUACUUCUGUUUAAAAUAAUUUUAAAUACAAAUGAAAUAUAUGUAAUGAAUUUUCAGACUUCCAAGUAGUAGUACAUAGACUUUAGAGAAUCAAAGAUCAACCAAUUUUCUCAAGACAUUGAUAUUUAUCAGUAUUUCAAACUAUAUUUAUUGUGAUAUUAACUGCCCAGUGUUAAUAAAGUGUUCAAUAAUGUGAUUUCAA